UAUAAAUCCAUUUGGCGAGUUCUGAAGCCCUGAUAGAAUGCAAGAAAACAUGGCUAAGACCUUCUCCAUGUCCCUUCUCUUACUUUGCUUACUUCUUCAUUUCUUCCUAGCAAAGUGCACAAGGCCUCCCCUUGCCCCAGCUUUGUACGUAUUUGGAGAUUCACUUGUAGAUAGUGGCAACAAUAAUCUUCUUCCCACCAAUGAGAAAGUGAACUUUAAACCAUAUGGCAUAGACUUCCCAGAAGGUCCAACAGGAAGAUUCACCAAUGGCAGGACUUCUGUAGAUUUUCUAGCUCAAUUUCUUGGGUUACCUUUUGCUCCUCCAUAUAUGGGUCUUUCUGUAGCUCAAAUAAGCAAUAUAACAAUCGGAAUAAAUUAUGCAUCAGGAUCAGCUGGCAUCCUCCGAGAAACCGGAACUGCAUCCGGGAUGAAUUUAGCCCUAGAGGUACAGGUUGAGUUGUUCAAUGAGACUGUUAACCAUUACUUGCCAAAGAACUUCAAAACUAAGGAUGAGCUCUUGCAGUACUUGUCCAAUUCCAUUUUUGUGGUACUCAUAGGCAGCAAUGAUUAUAUCAACAAUUAUCUCCGACCGGCGCAAUACAACAGUAGUCACUUAUACAACCCGGAAAAAUUCGCUGGGGUUCUCUUAAAAGAAUUCAAACAACAUCUACAGGACCUUUAUAAUAUGGGAGCAAGGAAAUUUUUGGUUUUCAACAUCGCCCCAGUUGGGUGUACACCAGCCAUGGUAAAAUUAAAAAAUGUUACAAGUGGAUGCUCCAAUGAUAUAAACCAGAUGGUAUCCCUCUACAACAAGGGCUUUACAGGUAUGCUACAAGAGUUAAGAACUAGUCUUCAUGGCUCAACCUUUGUCCAGGGAGACCUUAAUCUUCUGUCAAACUAUUUCUUGAGCCAAAAUCCUUCAGUAAACGGGUUUAUUACUGCAAAUCCAUGUUGUAACACAAACAAUGAAACUUCCCUAUGCCUUAAAGAUGUACCACCUUGCACGGAUAGGGGUACACAUAUCUUCUGGGAUGGAUACCAUCCAACACAAACACUGGACCUGCUGCUUGCAAUUUCAUGCUUCUAUGGUCCACUACCAUGUACUCCAAUAAAUGUGCUGCAGCUUGCACAGAAACAAGAAGACACAGCUUCUCAGAAGGAUUAUUUUUCAUCUUAAAGUAUGUAAUAUUUUGGAAGAUAUGAAAGUAACUAAAUUUGUAGUUUUCCUUUUGGAUUCAGAAUAAAUUAAUAAUGUUGCCAUAUAUCCACCAGUAUAUGAUAAUGUUGCAUAAUCCAGUUGACAUUGUUUUUA